AUGUUCAUCGAAAUGAGACCUUGCAUAACGAUCGCCGUCUUCUUUCUAUUUAUCUCUUGUCAUCUCGUCAAUGGCGGCGUCCAACUCCUCUCCAAAUCGAAGCUUGAAAAAUGCGAAAAGGUUUCUGAAAAUGCUCCUCUUAACUGCACCAAAAAAAUCGUCAUCAAUUUGGCCGUUCCUAGUGAAGCAAGCGGCAACGAAGCAUCGAUUGUGGCCGAAGUGGUGGAGGUGGAGGAAAAAUCGACUGAUAACAUGAGAACUGUUCGAGAACCGCCGGUGAUCACUGUCAAUAAGUCUGCCGCCUAUGCGCAAUAUCACUUGACGUACAUUAGAGAUGUUCCUUAUAAACCUCUAGAGCUGUCUUUUAAGACACGCAAGUGUAGUCGUUAUGCUGGUGCUAAUGUUGUGGGCAUGUGUGAGACGUUACUAGAUGAGCAAGGACAUGUCAUUGAGAACACCCGGCCAAUUUGUUGUCCUUGUGGGGGUCACCGUAGGGUGCCUUCAUCAUGUGGAAAUUUUUUUGAUAAGUUGACCAAAGGGAAGGCCAACACUGCACACUGCCUUCGUUUUCCAGGUGAUUGGUUCCAUGUGUUUGGAAUUGGGCAGCAUUCAAUAGGAUUCACCAUAAGGGUUAAAGUCAAAACAGGGUCUAAAGUCUCUGAAUUAGUUAUCAGUCCUGGGAAUAGAACAGCCCUGUCAAGUGAUAACUUUUUGAGGGUGAAUUUAAUUGGGGACUAUGUUGGAUACAAUGAUGUACCUUCUUUUGAGAAUUUCUUUCUUGUUGUUCCAAGACAGGGUAGCCCAGGUCAACCACAAGAUUUAGGAAGGAACAUUUCUAUGUGGAUGCUUCUUGAGAGAGUCAGAUUCACAUUAGAUGGAAAUGAAUGUAAUAAAAUUGGUGUCGGUUAUGAUGCUUUUAAUAACCAGCCAAAUUUCUGUUCUGCUCCUUUUUGGGCUUGUCUGCAAAAUCAAUUGUGGAACUUUUGGGACGCUGACCAGAACCGAAUCCAACGAAACCUGGUUCCUCUUUAUGGUGUGCAAGGGAGAUUUGAAAGAAUCAAUCAACAUCCAAAUGCAGGAAGUCAAUCGUUCUCAAUUGGGAUCACUGAAGUUCUUAAUUCAAACCUUUUGAUAGAACUUAGUGCUGAUGACAUAGAAUUUGUGUACCAAAGGAGCCCUGGAAAAAUUGAAAGAAUCACAAUCCCAAAUUUUGAAGCUCUUACUCAGUUCGGGACUGCCACAAUCACAGCUAGAAAUAUUGGUGAAGUGGAAGCAUCGUAUAGCUUAACGUUUGAUUGUUCCAUAGGUAUCAGCCAGAUGGAGGAACAAUUUUUCAUUUUGAAGCCAAAAGAAAUGGCAACCAGAUCUUUCAAGGUGUACCCGAUGUCUGAUCAGGCUGCAAGGUAUGCAUGUUCAGCUAUACUGAAGGAUUCUGAUUUUCAAGAAGCUGAUAGAGCAGAGUGCCAGUUUACAACAACAGCCACAAUUCUGGACAAUGGAUCAGUGAUUCCAUGGGAACCACCAAAGCAUGGUUUAAAAGGUUUCUUUGAAUCUAUUGAGGAUAUGUUUUUCACGCUUUGGCAUAGUAUGAUUGAAUUUAUCACUGGAAAAGCUUGCAGUGCAAAAUGCUCUGGGCUUUUUGACUUUCAUUGCCAUUUCCAUUAUCUCUGUAUGAAAUGGGUGUUGAUGUUUGGUUCGGUUUUUGCAAUCUUCCCUACAGUGAUUGUCCUACUGUGGCUUCUACAUGAGAAUGGAGUUUUUGAUCCUGUGUAUGACUGGUGGGAAGACCAUUUUUGGGAUGAUGAUCGAAAAGCCCAACAUAUUAGAAACUUGCAACUCCAUUAUAAGAAACAUCAUAAGAAAGAGAAGGAUCGAAAACAUCAUAAGGCUGCUGCUCAUGCUCAUAAAAAGGGAAAAAUCAAAUAUCUGGAACACCAACACCAAUACCAACACAGCCACAAUCAUUCUGACCAUGAUCAUCUUCACCAUGUUAAGAAAGAAAAACACAGACAUGGUGAUGAGAUACUCAAGGAACAUCAUAAGGACAAACAUGUUCCAAGGCAUGACAAAGACAAAGACAAACACCAUAAGCAUAAGAGAAGGAAUUCGAUACCAUGA